AAUAUAAAACAAAGUGUGUCCUUUUCUGCCAAAGGAAGUAAAUUAGGAUUUGUAUGUGUGGUUGACCCUCGAAUAAUGGACGCUUGAGAUGAAUGCGAUGAAGAACGUGGAACCCAUGAUUUCAAAAGUUGAAAGUUUUUGAGAUUGUCAACUCUUUUCACUCUCUCUUUCUCUAUUUAGCUUUCUGGUUUGCCCUGUGCCCACGUUUUAUCCCACCACUUCUCCCCAACCCCAAAAUACCUCGUAUAUAUAUAUAUAUAUAUAUAUAUAUCUUCCCUCUUGCUCUCAUAUAUACCAACAGACAUAAAACAUUGUAUAUAUAUAAUAAAAGUAUUAUAUAGAGAUCGAUCGAGGUGGAAAAAACACGCAGAUAUGGCAUUAUUCGUAGGUCGACUAAUGUGUUUGUUUCUCUUGUUUGCCUAUACUCUUCAACUAUCUUCUGCCCGAAACGCCUUUAUACUUUCAGAAAAAGUAGAAAUGGAUUUGCCGAUGAUGAGGGUGCAGCCAGGGAUGAGGUCUCUGAAGGUGAGCACCAACGACUAUGACCAACCAAGUGCUAAUCGGGGCCAUGAUCCUCCGGGCACUUCUUCUCCCGGUAGGGGCGGAUCAGGCGGUGGCCGCCGGAGAGGCUAAUAAUAAUAAUAAUAAUAAUAAUAAUAAUAAUAAUAAUAAUAAACUAUGAAUAAUUUGAAUAACUACUUCAUUUUCUGUUAUUUGACCGACGUAUCUCUAUUAUAAUAUAUAUAAUAAGUUGGUUUUUA